AUGACUGCAGAUCUCAUAGAUGACCUGAACUUCGCAACUACUUGCCAGGUGGCAUUUGCUGGAAUCCUCCGCAUCGGAGAAUUCACCUACAAGAGAGAAGACCUUGAUACAUUCUACUCCGUGGGCUCCAUCGUGGCUGCCUGGUGCACGUUUGGAACCUUCCGCAUCGAUGGUACGGCGUCAUGGAGGAUCCCGUCUGCCCUGCAGGAAUCUCCGCGUUGGCUCAUCAGCAAGGGACGUAAUGAGGAAGUAUUGGCGGUUCUGGCCAAGUAUCACGGAGAAGGUGACGAAGACGAUACGGCCAUGCAGUUUGGAUAUGUCGAGAUUCAAAGUGCUCUCGGCGCAGAGCACUCCGCCGCAGAAUUUACCAUUUCCUCAUUCUUACGUGAGCUUGUGACCGGGUCAGGCAAUCACAGACGGCUGUUCAUCAUGGUUUGGGUGGCGAUCAGCUCACAAAUGUUUGGAAACGCCUUCGUGCCCUACUACCUGUCUCCAAUUCUGAACUUGGUCGGCUUGACCUCCGAUCUGCAGCAGGCGCUCAUCAACGCGACAUCUCAGAUGCUCUCCUGGGCCAAUGCUGUGUACUUUGCGACUCUGCCUGCCAAGCUAGGACGUCGGACUCUCUUCCUCCGCUCUCUGUGCGCCAUGUGGGUGAUCGACAUCUGCAUCAUGGCCGGAAGUGCCAUAUUCGCCAAGGACCAUACAAACAAGGCCUCUCUGCCUACACUGUCGUUGUCUUCCUCUAUCUGUUCUCGCCGGCAUAUCCUGCCCUUCCACCUGCGCACCAAGGUUCUGUCCUUCUUUUACUUCGUGCAGUUCUACUUCAUGAUACUGUCGACUUUCGCCGUGCCGAUCGGCCUCGAGAAUCUUGAGUGGCUCUUCUACAUCAUCUUUGUGGUUUGGGUUGUUGUGGAAUUCAUUGGUGUAUUUGAUGUUUCCUGA